AUGCAUGACGAUACCAAACUGAUUCACUCGGGUUAUGUUACCGAUCCCACAACACGAUCAGUUGCCACCCCUAUUUAUCAGACCGUUGCGUAUGAAUUCGAAAGCGCGCAACACGGCGCUGAUUUAUUCGACCUGGCUGUACCCGGGAAUAUUUAUACCCGCAUCAUGAACCCCACCACCGACGUACUCGAAAAAAGAGUCGCGGACCUGGAAGGCGGCGUGGGUGCGCUAUGCGUCAGCGCGGGAAGCGCAGCAAUCAACUAUGCCAUUCUGAACAUUGCAGAAGUAGGCCACAACAUUGUUGCCACUCCGCAACUUUAUGGCGGCACCUAUACUCUGUUCGCCCACAUGUUACCCAAACAGGGUAUCGAAGUGCGUUUCGCAAAAAGCGACAGCGCUGAUGAUAUUGCUGCGUUGAUUGACGAUAAAACCCAGGCUGUGUUCUGCGAGACCAUUGGCAAUCCGGCAGGCAAUAUUGUCGACAUCGAAAGCAUCGCUGCCGUCGCACACGCCCGCGGCGUUCCGCUGAUCGUAGACAAUACCGUUGCAACGCCCAUGCUGAUCAAACCGUUCUCUUAUGGCGCAGAUAUCGUUGUGCACUCAAUGACCAAAUACAUGGGCGGACAUGGCAAUUCCCUGGGCGGCGUUAUUGUUGACUCAGGUCAAUUCCCAUGGGCAGAGCAUGCCGAGAAGUUUCCCAUGCUGAACAAGCCCGAACCGUCUUAUCACGGUGUUGUCUAUACCGAAGCCAUGGGGCCAGCAGCUUAUAUUGGUCGCGCACGAACAGUACCGUUGCGCAACACAGGCGCUGCAAUUUCACCGUUUAAUUCCUUCCUGAUUCUGCAGGGGUUAGAAACUCUGGCACUGCGUAUGGAACGCCAUUGUGACAAUGCGUUGCGCGUUGCCCACUACCUGCAGGAUCACGACAAGGUUUCGAAGGUGAACUUUGCAGGACUGCCGGACGAUCCGUACCACAGCCUCGCGCAGAAAUACUGCAAUGGUAAACCUGCAUCCCUGCUGACCUUCGAAAUUAAAGGUGGCUUCGAUGCCGCGGUAACUUUUUACGAUCGUCUCGAGCUUUUCAAACGUCUGGUUAACAUCGGUGAUGCCAAAUCUCUCGCGUGCCACCCGGCUUCCACCACACACCGCCAGAUGAGCGAAGAUGAACAGGCCAAAGCCGGUGUGACGGCGGGCAUGAUUCGGCUUUGCGUGGGAAUCGAGCACCCGGACGAUAUCAUCGGACAGCUCGUGACUGAGACACCUUACAUGAUGGCCCUGGCAGCUCUGAUGACGCUGAUUGUUAUCGGGGUGCUUGUCGCGAUUAUUGUAAAAAGACGUCGCGCAAAUGCUCGAGGAUUACAACCGCUGGUACGCAAUCUGGCACAUGACGCACUGAUUAACAUUGUUAUCAGCGACGGUAACCAGGGUGAAAUAUACAUAGAUCACUUACUCCUCACCCAUCGCGGACUGUUGCUGCUCGACACCAUAGACGCUGCCGGCAACGUAUUUGCCGGUGAUCGCAUGGAUACCUGGAGCGCAACGCACAACGGUGCGCGGAUAAACUUCCGCAAUCCGAUACCUGCACUGGCUGACCGUGUCAGUGCAGUAAAAGUGCUGGCGCCCACCGUUCCCAUAGAGUCUUUUGUUGUGUUCACUGCAGAUGUGCAAUUCCCCAAAGGCCACCCGGAAAACGUCACUACCGUAGCCAGCCUGCUCGAAACUCCCGUCACAGGCAAUGGGAAGCUUAUGAAGUUCACCAUUCAACGUCUGACACCUGCAUACGCAACCGCCGUUGUUGCCUGUUUUCAGCGCGUCUACGGUGACACCUACGCUGAAGAUCUGUUCUACGAUAGCCAGCGGAUGGCACGCAAGCUCGAAGAAGGUUCCUUACGCAGCGUCGGCGCGGUAAAUGAACGGCGUCAGAUUGUUGGCCAUAUGGCCAUGACUAUAGCCGACCCCAGGCUGUCUCCAGAGCUAGGUAACACGGUUGUUGACCCGGACAUGCGCGGUUCAGGCCUGGCGUGGCAGAUCGGCGCUGAACUCACAGGCUGGUGUGCCGAGCUCGGCUAUCAGGGUUUCAUACACUACCCUACCGCCGCCCACCACAUCAUGCAGCGCCAGUCUGUGAAAAAUGGUUUUGAAGUCGGUUUGAUGCUGGGUUACAUACCGGCAGAAACGGAUGGCAAAGUCAGUGCCCGCAAAAACUCCGGACGCGAAGCCGCCACCAUUGUCUAUGAACCUGUGAGCGCUCAAAACGAUCAGUCAUCACCUGAAUUCACCUGCUAUCUGCCUGCUUACGGCGCUGACUUUAUCCAGGAAGCCUGCGCGGCAACGGGUCUGCAACGCAACUGGCAGACUGCCAACACAUCUGAUCUUGCGCAAUCCAGCCAGACGCAAAACGCUGUCUAUCCUCGGCGCGAUCUGGCGCGCUUGACAGUAUCCUGCGUUGGCGCCGACAUCACUAAGGUCAUCAAACAGCAGGGCCAGACUCGUAAUGCCUGCCAACAAAUCGACAUCCUCAUGGAUAGCCCGGCAAUUAACAUGGCGGUAGACGCAGCUUUGCAGGAAGGAUAUUUCUUCUGUGGUUGGCUGCCGGGGCAUCAGGGCAAUGACGUUUUAAGACUGCAGAAAGUAGACCCUCAGCAGACCAGCUUUGCACCCGCGCUGGAAAAUCCGUUUGCGCAGAAAUUGUUGACCUGGCUUACGGCGUAA